GGCCGCGCUCGGGUCCGCCUCCGACUGCGGCGCUGCGCGGCGCGGCGGGGCGAUGUGAGUGCCAUGGCGAGGAGUCUCUGCGCGGGGGCCUGGCUGAGGAAACCCCACUACCUCCAGGCUCGUCUCUCAUACAUGCGGGUGAAGUAUCUUUUCUUCUCUUGGCUGGUGGUUUUUGUUGGAAGCUGGAUCAUAUAUGUGCAGUAUUCAACCUAUACAGAGCUAUGCAGAGGGAAGGACUGUAAGAAGAUCAUAUGUGACAAAUACAAGACCGGAGUUAUUGAUGGGCCUGCGUGCAACAGCCUCUGUGUCACAGAAACACUGUACUUUGGGAAAUGUCUGUCGACCAAGCCCAACAACCAGAUGUACUCAGGGGCGUGGGACAGUCUGCCAGGCGUCGUGAAGUGUCAGAUGGAACAAGCUCUGCAUCUUGAUUUUGGAACUGAGCUGGAGCCGAGGAAAGAAAUUGUGCUAUUUGAUAAGCCGACCAGGGGGACAACUGUGCAGAAAUUCAAAGAAAUGGUGUACAGUCUCUUUAAGGCAAAAUUAGGUGACCAAGGAAACCUCUCUGAACUGGUCAACCUCAUCUUGACGGUGGCCGAUGGAGACCGAGACGGCCAAGUGUCCUUAGGAGAAGCCAAGUCAGCCUGGGCUCUCCUCCAGUUGAAUGAGUUCCUCCUGAUGGUGAUACUCCAGGAUAAAGAGCACACCCCCAAGCUGAUGGGGUUCUGUGGAGACCUGUACGUCAUGGAGAGUGUGGAGUACACCUCUCUGUACGGAGUGAGCCUCCCAUGGGUCAUGGAGCUGUUCAUCCCGUCUGGAUUCAGGAGGAGCGUGGACCAGUUGUUCACACCAUCAUGGCCCCGCAAGGCCAAGAUCGCCAUAGGACUUCUGGAGUUUGUGGAGGAUGUCUUCCACGGCCCCUACGGGAACUUCCUCAUGUGUGACACUAGUGCCAAAAACCUAGGCUAUAAUGACAAGUACGACUUGAAAAUGGUGGAUAUGAGAAAAAUUGUGCCAGAGACAAACCUAAAGGAACUUAUUAAGGACCGCCACUGUGAGUCUGACCUGGACUGCGUCUAUGGGACAGAUUGUAGGACUAGCUGUGACCUGAGCACCAUGAAGUGCACUUCAGAAGUAAUACAGCCAAACUUGGCAAAAGCCUGUCAGUUACUCAAGGACUACCUACUGUACGGUGCUCCAAGCGAAAUCCGGGAAGAAUUAGAAAAGCAGCUUUACUCUUGUAUUGCUCUCAAAGUUACAGCAAAUCAAAUGGAAAUGGAACAUUCUUUGAUACUAAAUAACUUAAAAACAUUAUUGUGGAAGAAAAUUUCCUAUACAAAUGACUCUUAGAUCACUUGGACUAUUGCCACCAAGAAUCUGGUCAUGAAGGAUGAUUCUGAGCAUUUGGAGUUGUGGCUUCUGUGCCUGGGGCCUUACGAAGCCAUCAUCUUAAAUGCAUG